AGAAGUUUGAUGCCCCCAAGGAUGGGCGAUCUUACAUAGCAACUGUCAACAUAACCCUUAACAACGGAAACUCACAGAAGCUAUUUGGAAUGUCCCAAACCGUUGUAGUGGUCGCCCCAUCCCCGUCCAUCACACUAAUACAGACGGACAAACCUAUCUACAAGCCGGGCGAAACAGUCAGAGUCCGUGUCGUUACCAUGGACACUGAACUUGUGCCCAACCGAUUUUUCUACCCGAAAAUCACCAUUAAAACACCCAACGGUUAUCGGGUAAUGCAAUGGAACGAUAUCCAGACAGAGUCAGGCUUGGUGACUCUAGAGAUGCCACUGAGCACAGACCCCGUUCUAGGGAAUUGGAAUAUCAAGGUCGAAGCCAUUGCGCAACGGACGUUCAAGGUCGACGAAUGUGUUUUACCAAAGUUUGAGGUGACUGUUACCCCACCCUCCUACUUGUUACCGACCAGCAAAAUGGUUUCCGGAACAGGAUGCGCCAAAUACACAUAUGGGAAGAACGUACAGGGCACAUUGCGUCUGGAGGCGUGCUUCAGGUCAUGGACUUCGACUAUGCCUCAUAGUAGAGGUACUACCCUGCGCAGUCAUCAUUGCCGAGGUGUGGAACUGUAUGGUGAGAGUAACGAACCUUCUUUGUCCGUACAUGUUCUCACUCUGGCUAUUGAGGACGACUCAGAUGGGUUCUUCAAGCCUGGCUUCCCCUACAGGGGCAGGGUUGUAGUAACUAACCCUGAUGGUACUCCUGCCACUGGCGAGCUGAUUGAGGUCACUCUUCAGAACCUGGGCUGGAAAGGGGACUACUACUGGCGAGCCAACUUAACCUCGGAUGUCAACGGAAUUGUCCAUUUUGCAGCUGAGCUGAGCGCUUCAACGGGAGAUUACCAUAAAAAGGCGAAAGCGGUAGUGUAUGAGAACGACUUGCGAUACGCGAAUGGCUCGUAUUUCUCCCGGACAUGGACGCCUACCAAAUCCAAGAUGCUUUCUCAAUGGUACUCACCCUCCAACAGUUUUAUAUUCAUUCCGGAAGUGACGGAAACGCCUUGCGAUGGCACUUCAGAUAUUGACGUAUAUUAUACCGCGAUGGAGGGAGAAGAUUACCGCUUUACAGUGACAGUUCUCUCCAACAAAAUGUUGCUCCGCACAGAGGAAAUCACACAGACGUUUGAUGGGACCUCCGCCAUCAUCGCGGGCCUCAAACCUUUAGAGAUCCUCAAGAGGUACACGAAUGAAAAGAAAGCUAUAGGACAUUUCAAACUGCGACUUCCGGUUUCGGAUGAAAUGACGUCGGAAGCAACUGUGCUUUUGUACUGCAUGAGGUCGGAUUCUGAGGUCGUUGCCGCCACGACCUCUUUCAAGGUCGAGAAAUGCUUCAAGAAUAAGGUGCAGAUGGGUUUCAACAAAGCAGAAGCGCGUCCUGGAGAUGAGGUGGAGUACCUCCUGCAGGCGGCCCCGGGAUCCCUGUGUUCCGUGGGAAUGGUGGACAAGAGUGUCACGUUGUUGGCUGGCGACAACCAUCUCAGUCCUGACGAGGUAUUGAAAAGAGUGAACAAGGCCAAGCGCGUCAGCACGUACACUUUUUACAAUGAUGAAAAUAGAGCAUACUGUGAUAAAUACUUCCAGAAUCAGGCACCAUCAACAUCCCGCCCAGGGAAUUUCAUGCGGAGCGGUUUUCCAAGUUUGGUCCCCGUUUCGGGCCCAGACAGUAUUGCUGAAGAUAUCGAUACAGAAAAUCUGCCAACAGGAAGUGAUGAUAUCGACAAUUCUAGGUCAGGGGAGGUAGAGCGAAUCCGAAGCGUCUUCCCGGAAACUUGGUUAUGGGACUUGAUUCAGAUUGGAGAUACUGGUACGAUGGUCAAGCAAACGGUAAUGCCUGAUACAAUCACCGAGUGGCAGGGUAACGCUUUAUGCAGUCAUCCGUCUUCCGGUUUGGGCGUAUCUCCGCUGACGUCAAUAACAGGAUUUCAACCGUUCUUCGCUUCUAUGACGCUUCCGUAUUCGGCGGUCCGCGGAGAAACACUUCCGGUGACCGUCACCGUGUUUAACUACCUCGAGGAGUGUGUUGCGAUGGAGGUAUCGCUAAGGGAGGCGGACGGUUUCGAGUUUACCGGAGUGAGCGGCAGUUCCCGGCAUUUCUGUCUAUGCGGGGGUGAUAGCGAGUCGACCAAGUUCUACAUGAUUCCAACCAUCAUCGGCGAGAUUGACCUCACGGCCAUGGCGGUAUCGGUUGCUGAUCAGAUGUUGUGUACCAACGUGAACCUGAACACAGACCACGUCGGUGUGUCUGACGGCGUCCAGAAGCAGCUCCUUAUUGAGGCAGGGGGUCAACCAAAAGAGGAAACUAGCAGCGCUUACUUGUGUGCUAAAGAUGGCGCGGGUGACGUAGAACUGUUCGAACAUAAGUUUCCAGAACUAUUGGUUCCCGAUUCCACAAGGGCUACUGUCGCCAUUGUAGGCGACAUCAUGGGGCCAACCCUUUCCAACCUGCAGAACAUUUUGAAAAUGCCAUACGGAUGUGGUGAGCCGAACCUGGCAAGAUGGGUGCCAAACAUUUUCGUGCUUCAGUAUCUCAAUGCCACUGGACGCUCAUCUCACGAAAUCACGGACAAAGCCUAUAGGUAUAUGCGGAUAGGUUACCAGCGGCAACUGAAGUACCGCCACAACGACAACGGGUAUAGUAUAUGGGAAGAGAACCAGUAUGGGAACGAAACCGGAAGUUUAUGGCUCACCGCCUUUGUGGUCAAGUCAAUGGCAUUCUUUGCAAAAUUCUUAACGAUUGACGAAGAUGAUGUCAAUAAUAGUGGUUUGUGGAUCCUAUCCCACCAACAGGAGGAUGGAUGUUUUCCAAAGGUUGGAAGAACGUUCAGCUCUUACCUGAAAGGUGGUCUGGAUGAGGACGAGGUAACAGACCUGACCGCCUUUAUAUUAGUGGCCCUGCUAGAGGGAGGCUUCAGCAGGAACAACCAGAGUGCCAUUGACAAAGGUUUCUCGUGCAUUGGUGCCGUGGAUCUGCAGGCAGUGGAUACGUACACCCUGUCCGUCAUUGCGUACGCACACAGCCUAUACAACCCCCGAGCGACGAUCGCAACACCGCCGUUCUCGCAGAGUUGGACAAACGCAAACUAUACCGCGCCGUCCGCCGAAGUAGAGAUGACUGCCUACGUUCUUCUGGCAUUACUGGAGACUAAAGCCAGCGUGGACAAGGUGGCACCUAUCGUGCAGUGGAUUUCUAGACAGAGAAAUGAUUACGGAGGUUUCUCCUCUGCAAAGAUAACGCUUAUAGACACAGUGGUGGCGUUGCAAGCGUUGGCUAAAUUCGGCGCCGUAUCCUUCUCGGGAGAACAGGAUUUGCAAGUUGAUGUAAGACAAGAUCGCCAGGCAUAUAAUUUCAGAGUGACAGCCGACAAUAAUCUCGUGUCCCAGUCCAUCGACCUUCUUAAUACAAAACCUGUCGAAAUAUCAAUGUCUGGUUCGGGCUGCGUUCUCGCCCAGUCGAACUUAAAAUAUAAUGUAUAUCGAAUGAAGGACACAAGUCCGGCGUUUAGCGUUGACACACUUGUCUACAAAUCAAGGACGCAAAAGAACAACUGUGCAAUGCGGACGUUGGAAGUAUGUGCAAGUUACUUGAAGAGUGGCGUUUCAAAUCUGGCUAUUGCGGAGAUCAAAAUGUCUACUGGUUGGGUUCCCGUUACAAGCACCCUAGAUCAGCUCGUUGGGAUAGGCCGAGUCCAGAACUACGAGCUUGAUGCAAACUUUGUCGAGCUCUACUUUGACGAGGUAAGGGCUUGUGUGGACUUCGAGGUUGAGCAGGAAAUUCGGAUGAACCCUCUCCCCGCCCGUGUUCAGGUCUACGACUACUACGAAACAAGAUACAGCGUAACAGUGGAUUACAGUAUCGCAACGACUUGUGGAACGAAGCAAGAAAUCCCAAUGGAUAAUAAGGGCAUAGAUUGCUCCGUAAUGCAGUGUCGCGUGACGGAGGAAUCCAGCAGGGUAAAGGGGUGA